GCAUGGUCUUGUGUUCAUGUGAACCUCACCAACGGGUUGGGAAACUUGGACUCCACUGCAAUCCACCAAGUCGGCGUGGCUCGCUGUGCAGUCGAUGCUACAACAGGACCGACGACGUUUUCGACGGCAACGAGGGCAACGGCAGGCGGCAAGCCCACUAGCGGCGUGCUUGAGGGCGCACCACCGGCUCGCAACCGGCUGGAACUGGGGUCCAGACGGCAGAUAGCCAGUCGUCUACGCUAGCGGUAGGCACCGGCGGCGGAACCGUGCCCCAGGCAGGUAUCACAUCCCAGGCAACCACGCAGAACGAUGCUCGACAGAUGCCCACCUCUGCAGCUUCACCAGCUCCUACAGUGACGGCUCCCGUUGGCAGCAGUACGUCGCCGGCGUGGACAAACUCGGAAUCAACCUUCAAAUCCACCGUAGUGACCGAAUCGCGCCCUCCCGGCCACGCAAGCGAGACGGUGACCGUCACAGUCACGGCGACUGCUGCGGCUUGUACACCAACGCGCAGUUAAAAUUCACGUAAGUGGACGCUACCACGUACAGUCGGGUCGGCGAAUUCACACUGUACGGCCGGUCCUUGUCUCUUCUCCCGUUCAUCAUGGUGCACUUCUAUCCAGAGCGGUUCAAUCCUGCAGGUCGGGCUUGAUCACUUUCUAAGAGACGGAUCUGGACCACCCUCCCUUUCUCCCACUCUCUCUAUAAAUACCACUCUCGUCGGUGCAUUCGCCUCGAUCCUCACCACUCUCCCAGCACCCUUCGUUUCAUCUACUGUUGAAGAUGCCUUCUCCUCAUGGCUCUCGACACAAGGGAUCUCGUCAUAUUGUACCAGCUCCUGGACAAAACGGCAUGGCCCCCCCAAUGGCACAAGCCAGGCCGCCACAGAGAUCAACUUCUCGGGCGGCUCGAACUCAAUACCAGAAUGGCGCUCACCUGGCGGGAAUAGGUGCACAAACACCACCGCCCGGGAUAAGUGGAACAAACCCUUUCUACGCUCCACAGCCAACGACGACACGACCACCAUCAGAGCAUCAUUCAAGGGCUCAACCGCCGAUUGCGAAUCGGAGAGUCGCCGCUGAAAGUGUUAGCUCUCGAAUCUUCGCCGGUUCUGCUCCGGCGGUAGUCGGUGCCGGGUCGCCGACACAUCUGCCGCCGGAUGACUCCAAGCACCCACAAAAUGAAGGCGCCAUAACGCAGAAUGAGAAAGGGACCGAUCAGGACUUCUCAUUCGAGGACUAUAUACAUGACCCAAGCAAUCAGGCUCAUGAGGCCUCAACAGACAACCAAGUUCAUGCCUUCGGCCCCAAUCUCGCAGAUCAAGUUCCACGUUACGAUCAAGACCUCACUAAGUUCAAUCUUGGCCAGAAAGUCUCAUAUGGGUCCGACGCCGAGGCUGGUUCCCCCUCCGACGUCUUAGGAAGCUCGGGGCAAUCUACGACCGACCCUGAGUGGAGCGUAUCACAGCACGAGGCUACGCCUAUGGCGCUAGACAGUGGAACAUUGUAUAACCCGCCAUCAUCAUAUCUACCACCUCCGGGCGCAGUACAAAGUGGUGCUAUGGUAUACCAGCAAGUGAUGGGUUCCCAAAAGCCAAAGCAAACACAGCUCUCGAUAACGGAGGACUUACAGCAACUACACCAGAAGGUGAAUACUCUUGAAGGCAGGCUUGUCGAUAUGGAACGGCAAUUGAAUGGAUGCAGCGCUAGCACCCCACGAUAAGCUUGAGGAGAACGACUUGCCCAAGUCUGCCUAUCGAUGUUCAUUCGACAUUCUGCCUUGUCCAGGCUUCUCUUGCUUGCUACAGUACUACUGGGUUCUCCUUGUCUGCUGUCUGUUUUCCCUGUUUCCCUGUCAGUCAUUUCCGUACAACUUGUUGCUAUUGUUUCGGUCCCUGGCGGCACUGCGUGGAGCGAUCCCAAGAAUGCAGAAGCACAGACGCUUGCAGCUUGCUCGUUGUGUAUUUUAGUUCUUUGACAGCACAACGGUAAUGAAUUGGAUGCUAUUUCUGCG